GGAGGCGCGGGCGCUGCCAGCGCUCAAGUUCAUUCUUCAGUCUCACGUCCCGCGUCCAAGUGAGGAAGGCACCGAGUGGCCCCCGCUCCGCCGGAGGAAAGGCUUUCACUCCCACAUGAAUUACGGAAAUCCUCCACCCUACUCGGCCUCAAGCCCAACUGCCCCAUAUCCACCACAUCUACAGCAACCAGGUGGUUCUCAAACAUAUCCUUCUGCUGGGUCUUAUCCUGCUGGGCCUCCAGGGCCAUAUCCACCCCCUAAUGCAGGGUAUCCACACCAAGGCUAUCCACAAUAUGGCUGGCAGGGCGCAACCGCUCAUGGACCCACCAGGGUGUAUGUGGUGGAAGAACAAAGAAAGUCUAACGCGCUCCAGUCUAACUGCCUCACAGCUUGCUGGACUGCUCUCUGCUGCUGCUGCCUUCUUGACGCGCUAGACGACUGACCAGCCUCAGCUCCUCUUACCACAAGGCUUUGUGUCAUCGAUUGAUGGAGUUCUGAGUCCUGGUCUCUUUCCAUUGCCAUAAUGAAUGACAAGUUCGGUCCAGAUAUCUCAACAACAGCAUAAUGGAAUCCUAG